AUUUGGUAACACCGGGUACCACUUCUGGUUCAAGCUUCGUUCGGUCAACAUCCACUGGUACCAGACGAUCAACAAUGGCAGACCUUAGCAGCAAGGAUGUCGAAAGAGCAGAAUUCGCUUUCUCCAUUUACGACUCAGACGGCACCAACGUCAUCGAUGCGGUUGAUCUUGGCAACGUCCUUCGCGCGUUGAACUUGAACCCUACAAAUGCGACCAUUGAAAAGCUGGGCGGCACGAAGAAGAAGGGCGAAAAGAAAAUGAAACUAGACGAAUUCUUGCCUAUCUUCAGCCAGUGCAAAAAGGAUAAGGAACAGGGAUGCUAUGAGGACUUCCUCGAGUGUUUGAAGUUGUACGACAAACAGGAAAACGGAAUGAUGCUCGGCGCAGAAUUGUCUCACACACUUCUAUCACUUGGUGAACGUCUUAAUGAUGAGGAAUGCGAUACAGUGAUUAAGGAUUGCAUGGACCCAGAAGACGACGACGGUUUCAUCCCCUAUGCUCCCUUCUUGAAGAAGAUGAUGGUACUGUUGUAAGCAAUUGAGGUGUUAUCGAGACAAUGAUCAUCCAUCCGUUCCUUAAAAAACUGUGUGAGAGGGCGGCAGCAACCGAUGAUUAGGAUGAUCGCUGUCAAUAUCUAUCUGCCAAGCCAUGUCGACGAUGGAUACAUUCGCCAUAUUUGCUCGUCACAUUCAUCAUUUUUUUUCAUCUCCCCCUUCCUCGCUAGAUUAUGCGAGGAUUCACUUAACAAUUUGCACGUAAUACGCAAUACGAUCCUGGAAUUAGCAGCAUCAAAGUAUCAGCAUUUUAUCGAAGAAAAGCAAAAAAGGAAGAAGG